CCCGAGACAGGCUCAGCGCGGCAGUCGGGCUGGGCGGGUAGCCGCCGGCGAGUGCCGAGUUCAGGGUGGUGAGGGCCUGGCCUGGCGCCGCCUGCACGGCUGGAGCGCGGCGGGCAGGUGGGCGCUGCAGGGGGCGGGCGGCGCUGGCCCCAGGCCCCAGCGGCCGAGCACCUUGCCGGGCGGCUGACCCAGGCUGGGGCUCCCCGGCAGCGACUGGGGCCCGGGCACCGCAUGACCAGCAGUCACGCCGAACUUGGUGACUACUUGCUCGUGCCCCCAGCCGGCGGUGCUACCUUCUCCAAGCUGGGUGACCCAGGGGAUUUUUUUUAAGGUGGCUUGCUCUGAAAUGCCAAAGGCAUCCGAUUAUUCAGAACUGAGUGACUCUUUAACGCUUGCUGGGGGAACAGGAAGAUUUCCGGGACCACUGCACAGAGCAUGGAGAAUGAUGAACUUCCGUCAGCGGAUGGGAUGGAUUGGAGUGGGACUGUAUCUGUUAGCAAGUGCAGGAGCGUUUUACUAUGUCUUUGAAAUCAAUGAGACUUACAACAGGCUGGCCUUAGAACACAUUCAACAGCACCCUGAGGAGCCUCAGGAAGGAACCACAUGGACACACUCCUUGAAAGUUCGGUUACUUUCCCUGCCUUUUUGGUUGUGGACAGUUAUUUUUCUGAUACCUUAUUUACAGAUGUUUUUGUUCCUUUAUUCUUGUACAAGAGCUGAUCCUAAAACGGUGGGCUACUGUAUCAUCCCCAUAUGCUUGGCUGUCAUUUGCAAUCGCCACCAAGCAUUUGUCAAGGCUUCUAAUCAGAUCAGCAGACUACAACUGAUUGACACUUAAAACCAGUCACCGUUUUCCUUAUGAUUACAAGACUGCCAGUAUCACAUGGAGGCCGAUCACAAGACUGCAGUUCCUUUACAGAUGCUCAGGAAGUUGUGGUGGGGCAGAGGCUUUUAUGAAAAUGUGACAAGGGGACUACUUUAAUAAUGACUUUUAGGUAAAGCCUGAAAUACAGUACUACAGAAUCAUGUUGAUGACUUCAGAUUUUGUAGGUAAAAUCGUGUCUUGUUAUCUGCAGUCUUUAGACACUUGAAUGAGUACCUGAACUUCUAUUUCUAUUCUAUGUGCAACAUAGUAUGAUUCAGAAAUUUUUCCGUUGAGGAAAAAAUGAAUAUGAGUAUUUCCAUUGUGUUAGGUGUAAAAGUCUGACCAUGGUCAUAAAAUUUAAAUUUUAUACAA